AUGGGCAAAUUGAACCUCACCGCACUCCGAGUGCGACAGACUGCCCUCCGACAGAAGGCGAACGGGAAAAUCUCCAAGCUCCCUCCAUGGGUAGAUGUUGUGGCCGAUAUCCCUCCAGCCCAGGUCCUGGUUCGUAACCGGCCGAUACAACAUCAGCUCGUCCGGCAACGAGUGAAGACACUACCCGGAUCCUCCACGCCGCAGGUCGUCUUCGAAACGGAUGAGAAGCCUAAACCGAAAUCCAAGAAGCCUAGCCGCCUAUUUCAGCCUGUGGAGAUCAAGUAUGAGGAGGAUCAGUUGCGAAAGGAGUUUUUCCGCGACCACCCCUGGGAGCUGGCAAGACCAAGGAUUGUGCUUGAGACUACUGGCAAUGACCAUGAGAAAUGGGACUGGAGCCGGAUACAGCAGCCUGGAAAGAGACUGGAUGGCGAGAGCAUCUGUGUCUUCAUGUCCGUGAACGUUGCUGCCGAGGAGGCGGAAGCUUACGGAGCGAAUUUCGGUCCUACCAUGCUAGAAGUUGGCAUGGAACUCGAGAACAAGGAAUUCGAGCGUUGGAAGCAGUGGGCGAAGACGCAGGCACAGGUGCAGGAUCAGAAGGCAGCGGCGUUUGCUGGUGCUCCGGAGACUGCCACGCCUCCUGACGAUAAUCUCGCUGGCAGUGGGGUGUCUCCCGAAGCAGUUGCUGCUCCUCAGUGA